AUGAAUCCAGAAAAUUAUCCUCAGGUGACAGGAUUUGCUCUCUUGGGGCUCUCUUAGGUAAGAGAAAUUUGGUUCGUCUUCUUUGUUGUCUUUUCUGUUGUGUAUUUCAUGACUGUAACUGGAAAUCUCAUUGUGGCCAUAGUGACCUCUUACCCAUACCUGGACACAACCAUGUACUUUCUCUUGGGAAAUCUUUCUUUCCUGGGCUUUUGCUACUGUUUCAUUAUGGCACCUAAAAUGUUGGCUGAUUUGCUCUCAGGCAACCUCAUCAUUUCCUUUGUUGGCUGCCUGACUCAACUCUUCUUCCAUUUCAUUGAAAGCAUUAAGAUCUUCCUGUUGAGUUUCAUGGCAUAUGACCACUAUGUUGCCAUUUCCCAGCCCCUGCACUACACACUUAUUAUGAAUAGAGUGAUCUGUGGGCUCCUCAUGGCAGCUUCCUGGUUGGGGAGCUUCAUCCACUCCAUUGUAGAGGGUGAAAUGACUAUUCAGCUACCAUUCUGUGGGCGGGACAAACUGGACUUUUACUGUGAUUUGCCUCAGCUGAUCAAAUUGGCCUGCACAGAUAUCUUUGUCUUAGAGCUUCCGAUGGUGUCUAACAAUGGCUUGGUGACCCUGACGUGUCUCCUGGUGCUCCUGGGAUACUACAUAGCACUGCUAGUCAUGCUCCAAAGCCACUCAUGGGAGGGUCUCAGGAAAGCCCUAUCCACCUGUGCCUCCCAUAUUGCUGUGGUGACCUUAAUCUUUCUGCCUUGCAUCUACAUCUAUGCAAGGCCAUUUAGUAUAUUCCUCAUGGAUAAGGUGGUUUCUGUGCUAUCCACAGAAUGGUCACCCAUGCUGAAUCCUGCUAUCUAUAUCCUGAGAAACAAAGACAUGACUAUGGCCAUGGAGAAGCUGAGGAAGCAAAAGAACCUUCUGGGUCCACUGGAGCUCUGA